UCUUGUUUUCCUACACGGGCCGCCACGCGAGGUGCUGCAGGGGAGGCGGGUGGACGGAGGAAGGGCGCCCCGAGCAACGAGGCGGCUGGAUGCGGGAGUUGGUGGCGGCUGGACGGGCGGAUCCGGUGCAGGACGGGCGGAAUCCAUGGCACUCUGCAUCAAUUUGAAGGUGAGGUGGGCAGUGUUACCACCGCAUCCAGGUGAAGCAAGUCAACAAGCCGCAUGACAUCAUGCCGGAGGAAGUUAGGGGGAAACAAGCCGCAUGAUGUUGAGAAGUGGAUGAGCCAUAGACGACUGCCUGAAGAAUUGAGAAGGAGGGUUAGACAUGCAGAAAGGUUCACCUGGGCAGCUACUCAAGGAGUAAACGAAGAGGAGCUUCUAAGUAAUUUGCCAGAAGAUAUCCAAAGGGACAUACGGCGACACUUCUUUAGAUUCCUUAAUAAGGUUCGAUUGUUCACCUUAAUGGAUUGGCCAAUCUUGGAUGCUAUCUGUGACAAAUUAAGACAAAACUUAUAUAUCAGUGGGAGUGACAUUCUUUAUCAAGGUGGCCCUGUUGACAAAAUGGUUUUCAUAGUGAGAGGUAAACUAGAAAGCAUCAGCGCAGAUGGUAGCAGGGAUCCAUUACAUGAUGGAGAUGUAUGUGGAGAGGAGCUCCUCACAUGGUACUUGGAACACUCUUCGGCAAACAAAGAUGGCGGGAAAAGCAGAUUUAAUGGUAUGCGUUUGGUUGCUAUUCGUACUGUGACAUGUUUAACAAAUGUUGAAGCUUUUGUACUUAGAGCAAGUGACCUCGAACAAGUCACUUCCCAGUUUGCACGGUUCUUGCGCAAUCCACGAGUGCAGGGAGCGAUCAGGUAUGAAUCUCCCUACUGGAGAACAAUUGCUGCAGCGCGCAUCCAAGUUGCAUGGAGGUACCUUAAGAGGCGACUAAAGCGAGCAGAAAGAUCAAGGCCGAGCGAAGAACCUGAUCGUAAACCUACAUGGUCUCAUUAUGCUUUUCAGCAUUGAUAGAGGGCUGAUAGUCUGCCUAUGUAGAUACUCAAGUGACCUCGAACAAGUCACUUCCCAGUUUGCACGGUUCUUGCGCAAUCCACGAGUGCAGGGAGCGAUCAGGUAUGAAUCUCCCUACUGGAGAACAAUUGCUGCAGCGCGCAUCCAAGUUGCAUGGAGGUACCUUAAGAGGCGACUAAAGCGAGCAGAAAGAUCAAGGCCGAGCGAAGAACCUGAUCGUAAACCUACAUGGUCUCAUUAUGCUUUUCAGCAUUGAUAGA